AUGAAAGCAUCAGAGGACAGUACGCCACAGCCUCCACAGUACAGCGCAGUACCGCCUGCCACCAGCACGGCACCAUAUCCAGUGAAGCCCGGGGCACCAACUGGAACAGUGGCUACAGGAUAUCCCCCACCACCCGGAUACCCGCACAGCGGGGUGCCAGUUAGCAAUGUUAUUGGAGAGUAUCCAGUACACGCUGCCGGCACGGUGAUUACGCCGCCACUGACCGUGGGCCCCGAAUCGUGCACCACCGUCUGUCCCGCCUGUCACAAAACCGUCCAGACAGACGUCAAGGUCGUGUCAACCACCAGGACGCACACGUUCGCCCUGUUGCUAGCCAUGUUUGGAAUGAAAGGAUCACAGGACAGUAGGCCACAACCCCCACCGUACAGCGCAGUACCGCCUGGCAACACCACGGCACCGUAUCCAGUGCAGCCUGGGGCACCAAGUGGAUAUCCUGCUCCACCUGGACAUCCUGGAUAUCCUGCUCCACCUGCACAUCCUGGAUAUCCUGCUCCACCUGGACAUCCACACAGCGGUGUACCAGUUAGCAAUGUUAUUGGAGGGUAUCCAGCACAUGCUGGUGUGUAUAAGUACCUGUAUGUCAGUUUAAAUAUCUGA